AUGCGCAACAUGGCCGAUGCUAUUUAUGAGGUAGGUUUUAACAAUACUGACACAAUUUUUCUCAUUUCUGCUUUUUGAUGCGACCCGAUCCGUUCAGUUUUUCCUCCACGUAGGUACUAGUUCUUAAGAUUUGAUCUGAUUAAUUUAAAAGACAAUUUUCGUGUUUUUUGUUACUUUAUUUCUCCUCUUUUAAACAGCUCAUUCAUUGACAGUGCCAAACUAAAGUUUCACUUCUUCAAGGAGGAAUUAUUAUGCAUUGUGCUCAUUUGUCGCUUUCUACUUGUUAUUUGGAACGAUUUUUAUCGCUAUCUAUGUCCAGUUUUCUGAUGUUACUCGAACAUUUAGAGGCUUUAUCUUGUCUUUAAUAUACAUUUUUAAGUUUUCGUUUGCGACAGCUCACUUCCAAACUAACACGUGUGACUGUUUUUGUUGUAAGCUUAUAAUCCUUCACAUUAUAAAAAUUGUUAAGGGCUGCCUUGUCCCAGAAUUUAACGUGUGGUACUUGUUUUUUAAACAAGAGAAUUAGCGUUUAAGUUAUGAACGUGGUGUAUUUGUGUACAUUACAGAUUUUUUUAAUUGAUCCAGGUUGAUAAAGUAAUUGGAAGGAGAAGGACAUCAAAAGGAAAGGAAGAAUAUCUGGUCCACUGGAAAAAUUACGAUCGUCUUUAUAGUACUUGGGAACCUGUUGAGAAUUUAACUCCCUGUCUUCAUACUGUGACUGAAUUUAUGGCAAAGUCCUUUCCAAUGCCAGGUAAAAAACAGCAAUUAACGAACCAACGUCGUAAAACGCCCAGGUUGAUUUUUCUCAAACGUAUUUUCAUUUAUCUUUAUUGUUAUUUUUAUACUUGUUUUUCCAUGUAUUGGAUUAAGAAAGAAAAUCAUACUCUCAUCUUCAAUCAUCCCACAGUAAAUAGAUGUAGGUUAGGUGACCUGCAAAUUGCAGCAUAUCCUAUGACCCAGAUCAAACGCCAGGCCGCUGAUGUCUUGAACUAGACUUGCUACAAGUCGACCUCCCAUAAGUUGUUAAAAGUGAGCAAAGGAAGCUGCAGUACAUGAAGGUCGCUGUGCGACUGGACGAGCAACAAAGUCUCAAGGUCGACUUGUUUCACCUAAAUGGAAUUGAAUCAUAUUAUAAAUUCAUGCAGGAAAAAAACAAUCAACAUAUGCUGUGUCGGGAGUGGCGUGAAAUAUCACUCACUGUCCUAUUGGUCAAUUGUCAUGAUGUCACCGGUAGAAUUUUCAACCAGUGAACUUCGCGCCAAACAUGUAUAAAAAGUCCUUUAAAAUGGCAUAACCAUGCAACCGUGAAACAAAUAAAGCCCUCUCAGAAAGUCUAGUGUUGAACCUAAUUGAUGAGUUAUUUAACAAAUAUUGAAUUCAGCUUUCCUAUCAUUUGAAGAAUUAUGGAGAUUGAGGAGGGUGUUAUCCGCCAAGGCCGUAGGUCAAAGAGAACAACACUGUCCUUGAUCUCCAUAAUUCUUCAAAUGAUACGAAAGCCAAAUUCAAUAAUUGUUUUAUUAUUCAUUCAAAAUAAUUCCUAGUUUUAAAACAAGCUAACACAUGCUUAUCAAAGAUGAACUUAUUAUUGAUGGAGGUAGUGCAUGUUUAUCUGCAAGUUUUGGAGAUAAAGAGUUCUUCAGGUGUGCAAAUAUUCUCCAAAUAGCAGAUGUUGUCCGUUAAGUUGUCUUCUUGCUGUUCUUGCUAUGCUUUUUGAAAAUAGUUCGCCUUGAAACAAGUAAAAUGUCCCGCUAUUUUGUACUCACUACCAAAACAACUCAAACUCGUCCCCAGGUCUUCUGGGUUAAUGGUUCAAUAAUCUGUCAAUUUUGCUGCAUGAUAGAGGUCGUCAGUUCAAUAUCACAAAAUUCUUUCACAUUUGGUCAGCAAUAGCUUGUUAUGAUGAAUUAUGCAUGAGAUUUUAGCCAAUCAGAUACAGAGAAAUACUUUGAAUGAAUAAUAAAACAAUUAUUAGGUGAGGAUUUUGUGUGAUGUGGAAUAAUUUAAUAAGUUUGAGGUGUAAGUAGAAUAAUAACACACCAUUGCAUGGAACACAGUUUAACACUGCUCUUUGAAAUCAUAAACAACAACACCAUGGCAUUUGAAGAAAUUAUUCAAUGAAUUUAGAAGCAGAGUGGAUUUGAUUGUGACAUGAUUAAGCUGACAAAGACUAUUAACUCUUUCCAGACUAUAAAGUGAUAUUUCAUUUCAUUGGUUGUUUUUUGAUUGUUUGAACCAGUUUCAUUCACCACAUGAGUGGCUUGGCAAUUGAACAAAGCCAUUUGAGUUGAUAAGGUAGAUUGGCCACCAUAAAGGGAUUAAGAAACUCAUGUUUCAACGCUAGUCCUUUUUCAGAGUAUUUCAGGGGGACAGUAUGAGGUUUACAUAUCUGUGUUGAAUGUAAUACUGUUAAUGCUAUUAAAGGGAGCAACAGUAACAUGAAAAACAAGAAUUAUUUAGUUGAAUGAGAAGGUACGUUUGUUGAUUCCAUGGGAAUUAAGAGUGUCCCUUAUAUUUAGAAAAAUUUUUGUUCUGGAUUUUUGUGGCUUUCUGUGUUGCCUUGGUGAAGGGCUGGAAUGAUUGGCAAGGUUAAAAGUGCAAGCUACUGGGUUUGAUGCAUAUAAUUGCCAUUUCUUUCAACACCUCAAAGACAUUGACAGAAAGUCAAACCAUUGCAGCCUAGUUUUCAGCCUAUUUUGCCAUAUAUCUGUUGAUAAAACCAAAGCUUUGCAUUUCACUCUUCCACUAAAGCAGCACCACAGUUUCUUUAGAAACUAACCCCUUCUUUUCUGUGAAUAGCAUUUCUCUUCCCUGCACACAUGCUUUCUGUUGCACGAGAUAUGAAAAAUAGUCUUUACUUGUAGCUCUCUAGUAAGUUCUAUUUAGGAGUCACCUCAAUGAAAUAUUAUUUUUUUACUGUUUGACAGGAAUAAAUGCAAGUUGUGUAACUCAUUUAGAAACUAGCAAACCAGAGUUACGUCAACUGAAAAAAGUCACUGAUAUUGACAAAAGGAAGCUGAAGGGCCUUGCAAACAAGGAAAUGGUGGAUGAAAUUUUGAAAGUGAAAAAUAUGACUACGGAACUUAAAAAAUUCCAACGAGGAAGAGGUAGAGGCAGGAAAAGGUCACAAAUCCCUGAUGUGUGUGAUGUGUUAGGUGCAGAGUUGGAUGGCAGAAAAAAACUUAAGACAAACCCAAUAAAUGGAGCUAUUAAUGAACAUACCUUGCUAGCUGAAGUAGCUGGUAAAUGUCCUGGAAAAGCUGCUGGAAAAAAGAAGAAAGGCCUAAAAUCUCCAGGGCGGCCAAGAAAAAAUGGUUUGACACAUUCUAUGGUGGAGUUAGAUGAAAGUGAGAUGGCAAGGUUAAUGCGCACCACCCGAACACAUGGUGUUUUAGAUGAGUGUGUGUCAGUAAUAAAGGAAGGACGGGUUUGGAAAAUCACUCUGUGCAGUGAAAAGAAGAGAAAUGCAUUAACAACUGAGGUUUGUUUGGUUUUGCUGUUUUAAGGGUAUUUCAGGGAAUGGUUGCAGGACUUUCAGAUUCCCCUAACAUCCCUUUUUGGGCCGUGUUAAUGCCCAUUGCCAUAGAAAGAGAAAAGCUCCAAAAUCCUUUGUUUUCUACCAAGCAAAAUCUUUGCCAUGUAAGAAAAAAAUUGAUUUAAAAAACUUUGUAUCACAUACUUUCACAAGAAUUUGCAAUGAAGCUGAACAAGGUGGAAAGAUCAGUCUGAACUUGCCCUAAUGUACAUCCAUAACAGUAAACAAAUUGUUAUUUUUGCUGGUGGCCUUAUUCAUCUAUAUGGUGCUUCCUUAUAGUUGAUACCUGAGCUGUGUGAAACAGUAGAUAGCAAGACAACAAUCUAUUACUUUGAGUUUUAGGCUAAUUGUUUACACCAUACCAGACAGCUUUUUUGCUGAGGCUUCUGUUGAGUGAUUUUGGCAUGAUUUCCAUGAUGGAGCAAAGCUGCAGAGCCACACCAAUCCCAUAUCGGAUAGGUGUGCAUACUGUACCAUUUAGCUUUUCGUCUCAGCACUCACUCCACUGACAGCUGAUGUAUGUAAUUUGAUCCUGUGAAUAGUACAGAGCAAAUAUGUGAUAAUUAUUUUGACAUUGUCCACUUCCCAGAUGUGUGACCAGCUUGCUAACUUUCUUCAUGAAGCUUCUAAAGAUGAUGAUGUCAGUGUUGUUGUUUUGACUGGAGCGGGAGACAAUUUUUGCAGUGGUCUUGAUUAUCAGGACUUGGUGAAUACCCAUCAUCGACAGAGUGCAAAAAGAAUGGUAGAGAAAUUCAAGUAAGUCAUGUCCUUGGAUAACUGUCAAUGCUAAAUAUUAGUUUGUUUGUGUUAGGCAAAUUACGCCCUUUUCUGAGGGAACCCUUCAAUAAUGUGUCUCCUUUGUUAAAACCCAAAUUUGUUGUCUUAUGAAAAACUAUAACGAUUUUCACAUUGAUCUUUACUUUAAUAAAUUUUCAGUUAUAAAAAUUCAAGGAAAUAAAAUUGCAUUUAAGAAAACUUGGAAAAACCUCAAAUAGGAUUUAGCAAUCACUUACUAGGAGAUCUUUAAUUUAGUUUCAUUUGGUUAAAUAAUGAAUAGGUAUUAUUAUUCAUUUCACCACAAUGAACCUAAAGGUCAAUGUCAAAGAGAAAGAAUCUCCAAAAAUCUGCCACUGCUUCCCUUCUUUUUCCUUUUGGGAAACUCUAGUUUCUAAUUACAGUCAAAGCUAUUGUAAGUGACCACCUCAGAAAUGGAAAAAGUGGUCAUAACUAGAGCUAGUCGCUUACAAGAAUGAAUUCUCGUAAGUGACCGCAUGGUAAAACAAUAAUGGGUGGUUACUCAGAGCUCCAGAAACUCAUUAAUAAUUCAUAAGGAAAAACAAACGAAAAUUAAUAUUUAAUGAGUGACUUAAGCUGAUAUAGACUAAGCUUAACUAUACAUCCAAUUUUUUUAAACCCAAAUUACUCCAAGAUCUUUAUCAACAAGCCAUUAAUGCAGUGUGCAGUUUUAUUAAAGUGUUGGUUUAUCGUUUAUGAGAGCUUAAAAACAAAGAAAAAGUCCAGUUGGGUAAUCCCAAAAUGCAGUCAUGGUCACUUAUGAGAGCUCUUCAUUGCAAAGUUUCACUGACAGUUGAAAUGGGGUUUUGCAAAGGUGGUUGUAACCAGAGCUGGUCACUUACAACAGAGGUCUCAUUGAGAGCUUUAACCAUAUUAUUAAAAGAGAUCAUUUUGUAACAUCUCUAUAUUCUCUAACAGCCCAAGAUUGUACCUCAGUGCUGUUAUUUCAGUCCUUACCAAGACCUACUCUAAUGGCAUCAUCUUAAUCUGUGCCAUAGGCAAUGCCUUGUUAUUAGGAGAAGUUACGGUUUCUUAAAUGACAUGUAUUUCUCUGCCUGUUCCACGCUCCAAGCUAGUUGAGAAAGUGUGAACAUGAAAAUAAAACUGGAGGAAACUCAUGAGGAAAUGCGCUUAUAUUUUCGCAUGCCUUACACCAUCCGUAAUAUCUGAGGGCCUGGAACAAACUAGUAUUUCUCCUGAUAAGCAGUCUGAAUACAUCAACAAAAAGAAGUUCUGUCCUCAUUUCUUAAAUGGUCAUCAAUUUCUCCACAGGCUUUUGGUCGAAUUAUUAAUCAGCUUUCCUAAAGUGCUUGUAGCAGCUGUGAAUGGCAAUGCUUUGGGGUUUGGAACAGCUCUCCUUGGAUUGUGUGACGUGGUGUAUGCCAGCAACAAGGUCUGUAGUUAUAUUUAUUCAUUUCAGAACAGCAGGCAUCAACAGUUACUGUUGUUCUUUAAUUUUUGACCACUGUAAAAUACCAAUUUGACAGCACAAUCCUUAUUUCUGACCGGUAUGCUGCCUUGUCACAUCUUUCCCUUUUAUGUUGGAAGGUGACUUUAUGUAUGCAAAACUUUGUGCAAGGUUAAGAAAUCUCCUGAAGCAUGUCCAAAUGCAAGUGAUUUCAUCAAAUACAUGUCCCAGACACGCCGAUUUUGAGGUCACAUAUGCAAAUAUAAAUGACUGAAUUCUUGUCUCCCUACUCUUAAAUAUCAUUCAGCCAAGCCUGUCUUAGAAAGAAUUUGAUUUGAAAAUUUUUAAAAUACUGAUUUUUGGACUUAAACUGUUGGAAGUGAAAAAGCUCAAUUCAAGGUAUAUUGCUCAUCUCAUAAUGACCAUUUCUUUAACUUAAAAAAGAAAAAAAUAAUUUCAAAGCACUUUCUUUUGCAUUUUUCUUUUUCAGGCAACAUUUCAGACCUGCUUUACUAACUGGGGUCAUCCACCUAUAGGGUGUUGUUCUACAGUCCUCUCACGCCUGCUAGGAAAAACUGGGGUGAGUGCUAGAUUAAACAACUUUAUUAAGAGAUGUCCCUCAAAUCCUUACAUUCUAGCCUGCAGGGUGGUUUUAAAUGGAAAGAAGAGUGGGGACUGGAGAGAGUGAGAGAUGUUUUAUAUCCAUUUCUGUGGAUACUGACAAAAACCACAAAAUAAUUACUGAUUACAGUCAACUCUCACAUUUUGGACAAACCGCUCCAACAGACUGCCCCGAUAAAACGGACAGUAACUAAAUCUGCAGCAAAGACAAAUUACAGACGUUUGACUGAAAGAAACUCCUGGUAUUGCGGACUCUCGCUAAAGAGAAUGCUAACUCGAUGUCCCUAUAUUGUCUGUUAUGAAGGGAGUUGACUGUAACUGAGAUGUAAUGAAUAAUCUGUUUUUCCAUCAGUGACUUGCAAAUUGAAGAGAAUUGCAUCACUCGUGGGUUUAAAGCAUCGUAUGAUCACUCAUCUUGGGAACAGAAUAGUGUCUGGAAUGUAUUGUUUUGCUCUAAAUGGACCUAGGACCAUCUGAAAAUGAGAUUUUCUAGCAAACCCAAUAGAUACCAGUGUGGAGUCACUCAUUCAACAUACUUUAGUCAAGCCGAAACCACUUAUUAAAAAUAAUAAUUGCAUUCUCUUACCUCGAACGCAACCUCUAAUUUGUGUUGGGCAUUCUGUGCAUUAUUGGGUGUACUGUGCAAUUAAUAAGGGAGAUUUUUUGAGAAUGCGUUUUUGUUGUCGACACACAUUUGCCUCAAUUUGAGGCGCUUGCUUACGAUUUGCCUCACUUUGAUGCGCUGACUCGCGUGGUGAUUCUUGUGUCUGCGGCGUUCAUCUUUCAAAGCGGUUUGCUAAGGUCUGAUAUUCUUUGUGAAGCGUUCAUCUUUUAAAAAGUUUACUGAAUCUUUGUAAAGUGUACAUCGAUCUGUGUUUGCUGAAUCCUCCAAAGCGUUCAUUUUUCAGAAAUUUGCCGUUAAAGUUUACUUUGGAUUAAGCCUUCAUACUUUUCAGCAUGGUUCGUCACUGUCUUUGGAAAAGGUCUGCGACUCCUAGUGCAUGCAUCAAACCGGGUUUAGUUUGGCGGCCGUUGUACCACUAGACUGCGAGCAGUCUCUUAUUUUUCUUUGCAAAGUUACUGCACGGGAAACCUAAGUACAUGAGCGGCGAGCCGCGAGAAACAAGGGCGUAAGCCCGAGAAGAAAAAAUCUCAUUCCCUUUAGUAAUAAUAACGUCGUGGUUAUCGCGCUGGAUGAGAUAAGAACUAGACGGAUUUAAAAGAGAAAAGGCGGACUGCAAGCCGUCUAUUGUACCACAAGGUAAAUUUACCGAGUUGUGUAGCUUGGUGGCCAAUGUGUCACAAAGUAAAUCUACCAAGUUGUGUAGCUCGGCAACCGUUGUGCCACAAAGUAAAUCUACCGAGAUGUGAAGCUCGGCAACACCAUUUGAUCAUGACUUGUGAUAUUUUCGGCACUGGACAAACAAACACUUUAACUCUCUGUUAUUUAUUAGGAAAAUGUAUAAACCAGCCCACAGUAGCACCACUCUUAAGUCACUGAAAUCAACACGCUCGACCAAAUUACUGGAAAAGUUAUUGACGUGAGCCGCACACACAUUCCAUUGAAACCUUUGACAGGGUUUGUGCAAAGUUUGAAUUCCGAUGUGAAAGCUUUUAAAACAGUUAAUUCAAUUUAAAUCAUUUUGUCAACAAGUUGAUGAUUGGAUGCUCUUAAACUAAAAACAGAGAAAAUUGUCCGAAGAAAUGUUUUUGAAGAAAGAAAAAGAAUCCCGGGUUAAGCACUAAUCAGCCUUUGAGCAACUGCGCCCUGUAAGCGUGCCAGUAAAACAAAUUAUAUUUAUCUAUAUCGCAACCACCCUUCCCCCUUCAAAUGCUACCCAUAGGCCUAAGAAACAUAUCAAAUGCACUCUCCUAAGCUCCGAUUACUCCUAGUAUAAUAAUAAUGGUAAUAUGAUAAUAAUUGUCUAUCUGCUGACCUGAUUUUGGCAUUGAUAGGACAGUAUAUGUCAUGCCUUAGUAACUGGAUACUACAUGCCAUCGUGAGCGCACUUGAAUCACCUUUUUGUUUUCACUUCUACAGUGUAGCUUAGAAAAUGCUCAAAAUUUCUGUAUAUUUUGUCAGUCACUGGCGUAAUUACAGACUGAACUGGACUCCACUUAGCCCUAUUACCAUUACUGACAGUAACAGUAACAGAUGGAUUCUUAAGAAUUUGGGCGAGCAUGUGCAUUUACCUUAGAGGUGUGAUUGAUGUUGAGACUGCUUUGAUUCACAAUUGUGUACAUGAAUAACAAUGCCCCUUUAGUUCCAGUAUCAGUGGAUCUGCUUUGGUAUGCAGCUUAUUUGCUUAUAUACAACUGCUAGAGCAUGUAGCACUCCUAUUGUCAAUAAAUAGAUUACAAACUUUUAAUGGAUUUAUUCCUUUUUUUUUUUCACUGGUAGGCGGUUUCAAUGCUGCUGCUAAACCAUAAAAUGGCUGCCACAGAGGCUUGGGAAAAUGGUCUUGUGAUGGAAGUUUUAAAGCCGAACAAUUUCAUGGGUCAGGUCAAUAGCAAAGUGAAAACCAUGGCUUCCAUGUCUACAAAGGUACAGUAAUCAUCUGCGACAUUAUCAAAUCCGAACACCUUUCAAACGUGGUCAGGGCUGGGUUGUUCAAAGCUGAGUUGAGAUAACCCAGGGUUAGUGCGAAAUUUGAAUUCAGAUAUGAAAGCAUAAAAAGUAAAUUCAGUUUAAAAAUUCUUUUGGUCAGCAAGUUGAUGAUUGGAUGCUCUUAAAAUAACAGAGAAAAUUAUCCGAGAAAAUGUGUUUAAGCAAAAGAAAAAGAAAGCCGCAUUAAAUUUAACCCUGGGUUAAGGAUUAAUCGGCCUUCGAACAACUGGGCUCAGUUGUUUAAGUAACACAGGUACCAUGGUAUUGUUUUCAUUUCAGAGUUUUUGAUAAUAUUUUAAGAACAUUAUCUAAAAACUUCACAUUGAUGAAAUGGCCAAGUCAGUGUUAGAAAAAUAGUGUUCUUUAAAUACUGGAAGUAUGGACUGGAACCUCUCCUUAUGGAUGCUCUUGUAAGCGGACAACUCUACUUACAGCCACCUUCACAAAACCCUGUUUUACUCACCUCCCGUACAAAUUUUGUAUUUUUUAUUCUUUUAAGUGGCCAGGCCAAGUUAUGAACACAUCCCAAGGGAAUCUGCUUACAAGAGCCUCCACUGUAGCCAAUAUUAUUCCAUAAUCAGUUUUCAGUGCACAGAUAUAUUAAUGGAUCUCACUAAUUUUGUACUGUGCAACUGAACUUUUUGGCAGUUGAAUGGCAAUGUCCAGUUCCGAGUUGACUCAUUGUAUUGGCCGUUGCUACAUUCUGGUGCAGUCUGCAUUUCACUGCAGUUAAGCUUAUUUUGAUCAAUACCUCUUAGGUCCUACAGGACACAAAAUCACUGAUGAAGCAGCCAAGUCAAGAAAAUCUCCUAGAUACGAAUGACGAAGAGUGCAAGUUAUUACUAAAAUACCUUACAGAUGAUACUGUGUUGGACAAUCUGAAAACACUAUGGCUACCUGAUGUAGUCAGUACAUAGUCACAUUACAUAAUUAUUAUGUGAACACCUCUCUUGCAUACAUUAAGUCUUAAUUAUAUAUUUAAAUAGUAGAUUUAGUUAUCUUCCAAGUCCAUGAUCAAAAUAGGCCAAUUUACAGUAAAGACGUGGUUAUCAUGUAAAGAUGAUGUAUCUGUGACAUAGCUGCUGGUAUUGCCUGUGAUACUGCUUUGACAUGAAAACACGCUGAAAGCAACUAAAAACGUCACAGUUCUUUAUUGCCAACAUUCCUUUGAAGAUUAACUCAAGUUAACUUUGCAGGCAUACUGCUGCUGCUAACUACUAUUCUCAUAAGAAAAUAGUACCACAGACAGCACCAGCGGCUUAUGUUGCAGUUUGGUUGGUUUCAUAUGCAAACCAGGUUUAACAUAGCUUGCGAUGACUUUGUUUUAAACUAGAAAGUUCAGUGCCAUUCUUAUGCAGUAGCAGAGCAUGGUUUGCAUUUGAAAAGAAGUGUGGUUUCUACCACAACAAGGUCACCUUCAGCCUGUUUUCCACUCAAGGUCAGAACUCAGAGCACAACUGUAAAUUGGUCUAUUCAAGUUUUGGGGAAAAUUAUUGUAAUAAUUAUUAUAUGCACUUUAUAAGUAGUGUCUUGGUGCUUCUGGUUUAGAAAACACAAGUUCUUGAUUAUUUUCACUGAAGAAAAGCAUUUUGCAGAUUGAUGUAUUAAGCUGAUACCUAGUUAGACUAAUUCAUUUCACUAAUUCAUUCCCAGAUGGUUCAAAGUUGUCUGUCUCAGAUCAUCUGAGAAUCAGACUUACUUACUUUAAACCAGUCGUUUGCAAGAGAAGGAAUUGUUGUAGAGCUUUAUGGCAAGUUUCCAAUUUUACGCAGUAGGAUUCAAGGAUUAGAAAAAAAUGGACUACGCCAAAAAGUGUCAUCAGUGUAAACAACACUCCCGGAAAGUAUCCCUUGAGGGAUUUACCCUGAUUACAACAAACAGACAAAAGUGCUAGAGGCUGGAUCAAGGUUUAAAAACAAUAGAGUUCAACAAACUGAGGAAAGGGGGUUAUUAUGUCACCUCAAUCAGUUGUUGCAACUACUUUUUCAGGGCCAAUUUCUAGUGUCCUGUUAACAGGCAUUAAAAUAACAGCUCCAUCUCUGCAGACUAGGAUGGCUGGACCAGACUUUAGGGACUGCUAAUUCAUUUUCUUUAUAGUGUACGAUCCCAUUAUUUUAGAAUUUAACUUGUUGAGAUGUAAUAUAUCCUUUUUAGGAGCAAACAAUAUGUUAGGGAAGCACUCCGCUAUAUUCUCUUUUACUGAAUUGUUUUUCCCUUACAACUAGGAUAUUUGCAUAAAUAGUGAACUAAAAAGGAUUUGAUUUUAAGUCAGAAGUCUGAGAACUUUUAAAAAGAAUAAGCCAGUGCCUUUCGGUUCAGACAUUUUACACAGAC